AGUGGAAGGGCUGCGAGGCAGCUACUACGUGUCUCCCCCAUCGACAUUACGUUACGAUCCCGCUUCCAGCUUCCUUCCUUUAAAAAAAAAGGAGCAGCGGGCAGCUCCUACCCGAUCCUCCGAGCUGGUGUCAGACAUGGGGGAGAUCAUUCAGCCUCGGCGCUUGUUCCUCUGGUGCAUGGCGGUCAUCUACAUGGUAGCUUUUGUUUCCCUGUACGUGCAGAUACCAGGUCUCUACGGAAACGAUGGGCUGCUGCCUGCACGCUGGCAGCUGCGUUACACUGGGAUGCCUCUGCUGGACCAGAUGCUGUCCUCUCCCACCCUGCUUUGGCUCGGACCUCAGCUCGGCCUGGACACUCAGACCUCCAUGGAGCUGCUGUGCCUCAUCGGGGCGGCGCUGAGCCUCAUUGCUACCCUGGUGGAGGCUUUCAGAGACAGCCUGGUGUUUCUCUGUCUCUGGGCCUUGUACCUGUCCAUGUACCAGGUGGGUCAGGUUUUCCUCUACUUUCAGUGGGACAACUUGCUUCUGGAGGCGGGGUUCCUCUGUGUCAUCGUUGCACCUCUGACAAUAAUCAGGGGCUCCCGAGCGGUCAGAGAGCACGAUCGUGUUACUUUCUGGCUGAUUCGCUGGUUGCUCUUCAGGCUGAUGUUUGCCUCUGGAGUUGUGAAGCUCACGUCGCGAUGCCCCACCUGGUGGGGCCUCACAGCGCUGACGUAUCACUACGAGACCCAGUGCAUCCCCACUCCUCUGGCCUGGUUUGCUCACCAGCUGCCGGUCUGGUGGCAGAAGCUGAGCGUGGUGGGAGCUUUGGUUAUAGAGAUUCCUGUUCCUUUUCUGUUCUUCAGCCCGCUGCGCAGGCUCAGACUGGGAGCUUUUUACAUGCAAGUGCUGCUUCAAGUUCUCAUCAUUUUGUCUGGGAACUACAACUUCUUCAACCUGCUGACGCUGGUCCUCUGUCUGUCUCUUCUGGAUGACCAGCACGUCCGUUUUUGGCUUUGCAAGACGGACAGAGUGGAAGACGAGAAAAACGUCUCCAAGCUGCUGUCAUGGCUGAGCUUCCUGUUGGAGCUGGCUGUGUGGUCUCUCUUGAUCUUCGGGACAAUCAGCUGCUUCGAUCUUCAGUACGAUAAAACGAAGAACGUCGUCUCGUCCCAUACAGCCUACACGUACCACCAGUUCAACCAGUUCCUGAAGACCGUCACCAUCCCUUGUGUCUGGAUCGGUGUCCUGUCUCUCACCUGGGAGAUGAUCACCUCUAUGUUCAGGUGUGCGUGCGUCUCUGGUUUCCUGAGGAGGUUCUGGGGGAUGGUCCAGUGGUCCGUGUUCGCUGCUGCUUCUGCCUCCCUGUUUGCUGUCAGCCUGGUGCCGUUCACAUUUAUAGAGUACGACUCUAACGCCAGGUUGUGGCCCGGAGUGCGUCAGGCCUUCGAGGUGGUGGAUCGGUACCAGCUGGUCAACUCGUACGGUCUGUUCAGGAGAAUGACCGGAGUCGGUGGGAGGCCAGAGGUCAUCAUCGAAGGGAGCAACGACGCGGUCACGUGGACGGAGAUUGAGUUCAUGUAUAAGCCGGGGAACCUGAGCGCACCUCCUCCAGUGGUGACUCCUCAUCAGCCCAGGUUGGACUGGCAGAUGUGGUUUGCAGCUCUGGGGCCUCACACACAAGCCCCAUGGUUCACCAGCCUGAUGUACCGACUGCUGCAAGGCAAAAGAGACGUGAUUGAGCUGAUCCAGACGGACGUGUCCCGGUAUCCGUUUCACCAGCAGCCGCCGGCCUACCUCCGGGCUCACCGCUACAGAUACUGGUUUACUGAACCCAAGGCUGACGGGUCGUAUCCACAGCGAUGGUGGAGGAGGGUCUAUGAUGAGGAAUUCUAUCCCAUAGUGCAUCUGGGCAACACCUUCCUGGACAGCAUGCUCAACCAGUAUGGGCUGAAGGAUAAAUCUCCUCCCCGUCGUGUAUCCAACACCAAUGUGGCCCAGAUGGUGAGAUGGUUUCGCUCUCAAGUCCGAGGGGUUCCUGCCCCGAUGCUCAUCUGGACCCUCAUCGCCUGCAGCGCCACCUUUAGUCUGAUCCAGGUGUUGCUCAACAAAACAAAACGUGCACGACAGACUAUGCCGGCUUGUAACGUCUCUGAAAAGGCGAGCAAUCACACAGACGCUGUUGCUGACAGCUGUUCGGACCUCCGGGAGGAAACACGCGAGCAGCAGACUGAAGAGGAGGAGGAGGAGGAUGGAACGAAAAGUGAAGAGGAGGUGGAGAAGAGCGAUGGAGAUGAGGAUAGGGAAGAAGACAGGAUGGAAAAAGAAGAUAUUUUUGAUGAAAGUUUUUGAAGAAGUAAACACUAAAUACCAAAGAGGUUUUGUUUUUGUACAGAUUUUUUUUUCAGCCACUGCUUCACAUCAACUAAAAAGUUAUCAGUAAUUCUGCUGUUUUCUUUCAUUUUUUUAAUAUAAAACCUUUACUGAAGGUCAAAAGUGGGGAAAUAAGAUAAAAACAAGCUUUAGAUGGAAUAAAUGUAAAUGAUUUGUGCUGCUUCACAUUUUGAUUUACGUUUGCACUUUUUCUCCACUGUAAAGGCUUUUGAUGGAAAAUUCAAACGAAACACCACAAAAGAAGUUGUAGAGAUUUUAUCAUGUUUUAAACUUGAUCCAAAAAAUAAAAUUUGA